CAGCUCGGAGAAAGUCUCAGACUCGAGUCUGCGGAGAGUCGCGGAGUUCAGCCUCAGUCUGACGGAGACAGGCGGUGCAAUCCUCGGCAGUGUUCUGAGACUGUACGGCCCCGAGCAGCAGGACCAGGACCAGGACCAGGACCAGCACCGGGACCAGGACCAGGACCAGGACCGGGACCAGUCUGCUCCUCAUGGACUAACCAUCAGUUCUCAGGCUUUAACUCAAACUUUUUUCGUUCUCUUUUUUUUUUUUUUUCACUUUGAAGUUUGGACUAAACUUUGUCUGGAGGAUUUAAGAGGUUGACUCGAGUCCAGAGGCGAAACAUGACGGGAGACAAAGACAAGAAAAGGAACAGCUCGGAGCGCCGCAAGGAGAAGUCCCGGGACGCGGCGCGCUGCCGGCGCAGCAAAGAGACGGAGGUCUUCUACGAGCUGGCUCACCAGCUGCCGCUCGCCCACAACGUCAGCUCUCACCUGGACAAGGCCUCCAUCAUGAGGCUGGCCAUCAGCUUCCUGCGCACGCGCAAGCUGCUCGCCACAGGCGGCGGCGGCAGCAGCAGUGACGGUGACGAGGACGGACAGAUGGACAGUCUGUACCUGAAGUCUCUGGAGGGCUUCAUCACCGUGGUGACGUCCGACGGCGACAUUGUAUUCCUGUCCGAGAACAUCACCAAGUCCAUGGGGCUCACGCAGGUGGAGCUCACCGGUCACAGCAUCUUCGACUUCACGCAUCCAUGUGACCACGAGGAGAUCAGAGAAAACCUCAGUCUGAAGUCGGCAGGCAGCGGCUUCGGCAAAAAGGGCCGAGAGCUGAGCACCGAGCGGGACUUCUUCAUGAGGAUGAAAUGCACGGUGACCAACCGGGGACGCACGGUCAACCUCAAGUCGGCCAGCUGGAAGGUGCUGCACUGCACCGGACACCUGAAGACGUACAGCAGCUGCCCUCCCCGAGUGCUCUGCGGCUUCAAGGAGCCGCCGCUCACCUGCGCCGUCCUGAUGUGCGAGCCCAUCCCGCACCCGUCCAACAUCGACACGCCGCUCGACAGCAAGACCUUCCUGAGCAGACACAGCAUGGACAUGAAGUUCACCUACUGCGACGAGAGGGUAACGGAGCUGAUGGGUUACACUCCUGACGAUCUGAUGGGUCGCUCCGUCUACGACUUUUACCACGCCCUCGACUCGGACAGCGUCACCAAGAGCCACCACAACUUGUGCACCAAGGGCCAGGCGGUGAGCGGUCAGUACCGCAUGCUGGCCAAGAACGGAGGCUUCAUCUGGGUCGAAACCCAGGGAACCGUUAUUUACAACAACCGCAACUCCCAGCCUCAGUGCAUCGUGUGCAUCAACUACGUCCUCAGCGACAUCGAGGAGAAGUCGAUGGUCUUGUCCCUGGAGCAGACGGAGACCUUGUUCAAGCCUCGCCGCAUGAACAGCUUCUUCACCGCCGGAGGUGCGGGUGUGACCGGAGAGCCGGGCGACGCCCUGUACGCCAAACUCAAGGAAGAGCCCGAGGACCUGGCGCAGCUGGCGCCGACCGCGGGGGACACGAUCGUCUCCCUCGACUUCGGUUUGUCGGAUCAUUUCACUCCUCGCCCCCAGUUCGAGGUGUCCGCCGCAGCCAUGCUGCCUCCAGGACCUCCGUCCUGGGCCGGCGAGAGCCACAAGCUGGUCCCGCCGGCCGCGGGCCAAACCCCGGCUCCGGCUCCGGCUCCAGGAGACGUGGCCAACAUGGCCGCCACAUUCACGGUGCAGCAGCAGAAUGCGCCGCCGGGCAGCGCCACUCCGAGCCUCAGCAGCUGCUCCACGCCCAGCAGCCCAGGUGACUACUACAGCCCACUGGACAGUGACCUGAAGGUGGAGCUGACGGAGAAGCUGUUCGCUCUGGACACCGAGGGCGGCGGCGGCGGCGGCAGCAGGAGCAGCCCUGAGAACACUGAGAGGGACUUAAGUGACUUGGACCUGGAGACCUUGGCUCCUUACAUCCCCAUGGACGGAGAGGACUUCCAGCUGCAUCCCAUCAUCCCGGAGUCCGAGUCCCUGGAGGGGGGUCCGGCGGGAUCCAUGGGCGGCGGCAGCUGCGGCACUCUACAAAUACGCCAGGCGUCCCAGCAGAGCUUCAGCAACAUCACCAGCCUCUUCCAGCCCCUGUCCUCCCCGCCGCAGCCCCAGGGCCACUAUCAGCCGCGGUCAGCCGCGUCCUGGGCCACAGGGGAGAAGAGAGCCUCCAGCCAGGGGGCGGUGAACCACCACCGCGCCGUGCCCUGCAUGAUGGGGCACAUGCAGAACCCCCCCUACCAGGCCCCGGCCAGCACCCCCCUGUCCUCCAUGGGUGGCAGGCAGAAUCUGCAGUGGCCCCCGGACCCUCUGUUGACCUACCAACAACAGCCACACGCCGCCAAGUCCUACCUGAUGGAAAACCUGUCAGGGGAGGCGCAUCCGUCCUGCCGCCAGAACAUGACGCAUCUGGUGCAGAAACAGAGGUCCAUGGAGAAUUUUGUGCAAGCCUACAGAGACAUGAGUCCAGCCCGAGUUGCCAUGAGCAACAGCAUCAAGCGCUCCUUCGCCCAGAUGAACGUGGCUGAAAGCAGGUCGCCAGAAAUCCUGUGGAAGAGGAUGAGGGGGGAGAACUGCGUCGCCAUGGACCGCUCCCUCAGCGCGGGAUCUCUGGCAGACUCGGGGAUGAGCAGGAUGAUGCCCGGCGGCGGCGGCAUGUCGUCGUGUCUCGGCUCCCUGCAGCAGCAGCAGCACAGAAAGUCGCAGUACCCAGGAAACGGGAUGGGCGGCAACUACGCCGACUAUAACCUGCUGCCUUCGAACAAGAGCCAGGGUAUAGCGAGUCGUCUGCUGGGCCCGUCCUUCGAGCGCUCCUGUCUGCCGGAGUUGACCCGCUACGACUGCGAGGUCAACGUCCCGCUGCAGGGAAGCCGGCACCUCCUCCAGGGCUGCGACCUGCUGCGAGCCCUGGACCAGGCCACCUAGAGCGCCAGAUUCAAACCACCUGCCAUAGACCCGGACUUCAGUCCCAGGCCUGAGACUUUACCUUCUCUUCACCUUCGUACCUCUGGGCCCUCUGAUGCCCCGAGGCUGAGCUACCUAUAGGGAACGGUAUCCACAACCUCAUCCUGCCUUGUUUGGUUCAUUCGGCCUCGGCCCCCUUCUCUGUAGUUCUGUACCUUGACCCUCGAAAACAAGCCCAGAGUUCAGGGUCAAGCCAAUUUUAUUCCUCAAAGCUUUUGACUUGGAUCAGAUGCAGGUCGACCACCCAACGUACAAACGUUUCCCUGCAUUGAGCCAGUAAACACAAAGGACCCACAUUUCUGAGAUGAUGUGGGUCACUUGGUGAAAAAAAGGGUCGAUGGGGGACGAUUUAAUAACAAGGGUGUAAAAACGAUGCCUGACCCGCGUACGGGACUUUGAAGGCUCGACUCUCUGGUCCCGGGGGGUUUGGGGGUCAACGGGUCUUCGGUGUAAACAGGGUAUUAGAGGUGUGGGAUUCACACACACUCACACACAAUCUGCCUUAAAGACCAGCUCUGCCCAACACACACACACACACACACACACACACACACACACACUGUGGCCUUGGGAACCCAUGACCAAGCUACAUAUGGGCCCGGGAUUCAAACCGACAACCAGUGUCUUACCCAGAGUCUGUCCUCUCUGCAGAACUAAGCCCUGAUGUGAACUUCUCUUUACUCACUGAGCUCUGACAGGACGUUAUCACGCUACCCGACCCGUUAACGGAGACGUUUUUCUAGUUCCAGUCGAGGCCUCGAGUCAGAGUCUGGUUUCGUGAAUUUGGUUCUGGAUCGUCGCCAUUUACUAAAUGAAUGAAAACCGAGGAUUCUUUUACACAACGCGCUCUUUGAUUCUGCUUAUCGAUCCCGACAGAUGACUUCGUAAUCAACCACACCAAACGCGUUACUUACGAAUAAGCAACCCGAGAGUGUCCGCCGACGUCGGAGGACCUCAACGCUCCUUCGUGCCACGCGCACAUUGAAAUGUUUCAAUAUGAGCGAGUGAAAGAGAAUGACGAGAAAUUUGCGUUAUUCGUUAUUAAUUCGUGGUUACGCGGAAAAAAACUUGCGUUUGCGUUUUGUCUGUUGCAUUAGUCCCCAACUUGAAUCUAAUCUAACUUUAGAAUUACUCAACUGUGUGGGAACAUUUUGUGAAACCUGUUAAGAUGGAUUCAUUUUAAUUAUCGUACGACGCCAGGAGGGAUAAAACUAUUAAUUUAGAUAAUUUGGGAUUUUGCUUUUGUCAUCUUGGGACCACACUCGAGAAGCUCCAGAUGGAGUUGAACCACAAGUUAUGUUCUGUACGUUGUUGUGAGUCAGCAUGUUUCAAACCAGGAGAAAUCUGUGAUUUAAAGUAACUCAAGUAAGUGUGUGCGUUUCAGCGUCAGUGUUAAAAUGGACUUUUUAUCCAGUCACAUUUUUACGAUGCACUAUUUUAGAUGUUGGUGGUUUUUAGCCGGAUGAAGGUUUUUAGACGUCGGACGUCUGAAUCUUAAGUUAUCAAGAAACAAGUUGAGCAGCACGUUAGCGGCGGCGUGGACGACGACUCCCAUGAUGCCGUGCUGCGUCAGCGCACCAACGAACGUCGGCUUCUGUCUUUGUUCUAAAUUGAGACGACCCCUAGUGGCAGAAAAUAACACUACAACUGUUGAUCAUACGUGGCGAAAGACAAAGAUGUUCAUUUUUUAUGAUAUCUAGAUUUAAUUUCUCUCUCAAUAACAUUUAGAAGCUGGAAUCAAUAAGCAGAAUCAACGAGGAUGCCUUUCUCUGCCGACGUCACCGUGAAAAAACUCUGAGACUCGGAUCCUCACAACAGAAAACUGGUGCACACAAAGUAUUAUACAUCUGUUCGGGUCAAAUUUAAUGGCAUAUGCAUUAUAUUGUUAUUUUAGUUAUUACAGUUAGUCUGUUAUCUGAGCUGAGACAUGUUAACUCUUAUCAACUCUCCCCACGUUAUUUAAUCCACAUCAACGCGGCUCUGUUCAUGUCCUCACUCUACCUAGCAGAUUAUUCUAUUCUUCUCUUGUGUCUCAUCUCAAAAGACACACUAAUAAACAUAUAUUGCAAUACAUGUACUCUACUGUAAGUUGAAUAUUGUUAAGGUUUUUUUUUCUUCUUCUUAAAAGUGUCUGUGUGAUUUACCGUGACGUGUUUCUCUCGCCUCUCGGUCGGGUGAGGAGCUCGUGUGACUACAGGGUUGUUGUUGUUUUUAUUUCAUAUCGUGCAAUUUUUUUAUUUCAUCGAGAUAAAGUUUAUAUAGUCAGCAGGAAAAGUUAGGCCUUGUUCCCCAAACUGAUAGAAAACACACACACACACACACACUGAGGAUGAGAAAGUGGGACCUCUCCUGCAUGUUUCACUUCACCACACAGUUUUAUACGUCAUUUUUCUUUUCUGCAAAUCAAAGCAGCCGCUGGUUUAUUUUCAUUUCCGUGUCACAAGUCGAGUCACAAUUAACAUCAAAUCUGCAAUAUUUUAAUAUUUUUUGGUCCAAGCCACAUUAACGCGUUUUGAUGGCAACUUGAUUAGAAAGUUCAUCCACUGUGUGAUUAUUUAAAAAAAACACUAUAAAAGCUGCAAUUCACAAAUAAUUUGUCUGUAAUAGUCUGUAAGUUAUCGGAAAAUGAAUAGAGGCGUAUUAAAAUUGUUUUCUUUCAACCAAACCACGAGUCCAACAUCCAGAGACAAGGUCCAACAAUCCUUCAAAUUCAAUUAAGCCACAUCAAUCACAAAGAAAGUUAAAGAAUAAUUUCCGUAUCCGCCCAUUUGUCCAAAUCUACGCCAAAAUGUGAUCGGUUCUUUCUCGGCCCAUGUUCCACCAAGUGACGUGGAAAUCUGUGAAGUCGUUUUUGCGUAAUCCCGCUGACAGACAACAAACUCAUGACACCAGAUGAUUCGUGCACUGUCCACUGCUACGGAUGAUCCAGCGUUCAUGUCUCAUCGGGGACGAUGUCGUCCACAGACGUGAGCGUAAAACAAAUGUCUCGGCUGAAAUGUGAAAGUGCAGUGAGAGAUUCUUUUCAACGAAAUAUUGUAAAAUGUGCAAAAUCACUGGUGAUGUUGAGUCCUUUGAGUCGACCGGGGGGUAUUCUGGGACGUGGGAUGCAGUUCAGCCACUUGGGACGAGCAGAAGAGCGCGACGGGGUCAGAGGGACCACUAGAGCCGCCGGAGGGCAACAAGGCCAAUCAGUUGGUCUUCGGCUUCACCAGGGCCCAAAACCAAUCAGAGACCUCCUCCUUCCAGACCUCGAUCGCCCCGUAUUCGGGCCCCUUGAGGUUCCAGAUGACGACGGGCAGGAGAGGUCGCCCCCUGUGGGUGCAACGUCACUUCGUUCGUUCGUAGCAGAAGCAGCAGCCUGUGAAGCGGAGCGUAUGAUUUACCUUCAUGAUUAGGACAGGGACAGUUUUCCUUUUUGAGUUCGUGGCGCCGAUAGACGGAAGCUUUCAUACAGAGACGUAAUCGUCGCUCCCGAUACAACGUGAUGAGUAAUAUCAUCAGCAGUUUUUCUCUCCUCUCUCUCUUCCUGUGUUUCCCUCCGGCUCACUUUCUGUUUCCUGUUGUGCUUUUUGAGGUAACUGUUGUUGUUGGUGACCACUUUGAAUUCCUAGAGCUUUGUGCACAUACAUGUUACGUAUUUUAAAAAGACAAAACUUAAUGUUGAAUACAGUGUUUUUUUUAGUGUUUAUGUGUCCUGGUACUUUGUCCUCAUCUAUCCGCCGUAGAUGCAGAUGGAGCAGAUCCCUCACAUUGCUGUUUCCUCUCAUGCUGUUUCUGUGUAGUGGCAUUUUUUUAUCUUUUAUUUUUUAUCCCUCCAGAGAUUUAUCCUUAAAAUAUAUAUAUAUAUAUAUAUAUCUAUUGCAUCUGUUGUGGGCCAGUACUGGGUUUUUUUUUUGUUUUGUUCUCGCUUUAAGAUAAUAGAAACAAAAAAGUUGAGAUUUUUUUCAGAUAUGUAGCGUUUUGAAUAUUGUAAAGACACACAACUAAUCCUAUAGUUUUUCCAGUUGCAUCUAUAAAAAGCAAUGGUGCUUCAUAAGACCACGUGGUGUCAUGUGUAGAACUUUUAUCACAUCCGGAUGGAUAUCCACUAACGCUCUUCUCUGCUUCACGUCGUGCUGAAGUGUUCCUCAAAGUUUUAUUUUGAUCCGUAUGAUGUGCCUUAUCGUCCCUGGUUGUUCCGACCAGUCCAGAGUUCACCCUUCUACAGCACAGUUAAGGGGGGAGGGGCUUAUUGAAGAUGAUCCCAACUUGACAUUGCAUCUUAUAUGUGUGCAGUUUGGGUAGAUCUUCAUAAUCAUAAACCCUCGACAGCUCCUCUGUAGCCUCCUUCCAGUGGUGGAACAUACAGUAGAACCCCCAUAGGUUUCAAUCAGAACCCCAUUAGACGAACCCAUUGUAGAUCCCCUGGUGAGGAAGAGUCCAACUUUGUCAGAGGUUUUUAAGGAAAUGGAUUUCCCCGAGCUCAUCACACGACCUGACAGCCCGUCUGUCGAUGGAGCCGCUUGUGGUGCGUUUAGGUUUAGUUGAUUAAAGACGGGGGGGGGGGGGGGGGGUGUAGUGUUUGAGAAGCUUGACACACGUUUUUAAGAAUCCAAUACCGUCGGUCUGCAAACCAAACUUGCGCCUGUGACUCGAUUAUGAAGAGGAAGUUCUGUUUCAAAAUAUCUUAAGUUUUAAGGCUCUAAGGUUUCCGGAAAACAAUAUUCUUUUUUAAAUCCUUAUUUUUAAUAUACAUUUAAACUAUAUAUAGAUGUUCUUAAAGAGUCUUAGGCGGUAAAACGUGUGUGGAAGCAGAACAGCACCUCAACGUGGGUUCUUUUCAUCUGAUGAGAUUUGACUAAAUUGUGUUCAUGUAUGUGGAAAGAGAUGGCUAAAUGGAAGUCGUAUUAAAAAUAAAAAUGUAGGCAGAGCAGGAGCCCCGCCCGCGCUUUGAGCUAGCUUCGCCUCCACUUGAUUUGGCCAGACGAUUAUAACUUUAUUAUUAUAACGUAUAUUAUAUUAUAACAUUAUUUUAACAUUAUUUUAAUUAGCUUUCAAUAAACACACUCCUGUUGAGUCUUAAACCUUCUCGACAGGUGCAGUUUUCAUAGGCUAAUAUUAUUUUAUCUUUACUAAGAUGAAGAAUUGGGACAAUCUUACUCUCCCCAGUCGUAGUUGAUAUUUGUCUUGACAGAAAAGAUGUCCGCUGUUCAGCAGCUAGCGAAACAGAUGCUAACCCAAAAAUGGGCGGGGCUUCACGUCUCUACUUUAAAAUCUAGAAGGUCUGUCACCAGUCUUAGCGCUCGUAGUGCUCCAUGCUGUGCUGACUGAAAGGGGUUCCCCCGAAAACAAGUGAGACAAACAGUUCCGGGAUUCAUUCUUUGCGUUCAUCGCACUUCCUCUUUAAAGACGACGUCAGCGUUUCUUCUCGUCUCAUUGUAACAGCAGAGUUUUGGGAUCCAUGGCCAGCUACUUCUGUGGUUUUCUCUAUGUCAUAUAGUACAGUUAUAUUAGCCGAUUCUCCUUUUUUUAUCAUGCUUAAAUUCAUAUUGAUCUUAUUAUUAUUGUUAUUAUUAUCAUAUAUUGUUAUUACAUUAUGGGGAUUUUAUUCCAAUGAGAAGUUUGUGUUUCUGCACUGAUAUCUUAUUAAAGCAUACUGCUCUUACCCUCCCUCA